GAGGCUCUAUUUAACGGCCCCUCGUCCCCUCCCAUUCCAGCCUAAAAUCUUCCAACUCUGCCGAGCGCCUGAGCCCGCCUCCAGCUCCCCGCCCCUUGGCACCACACUAUAGCCUAGUGCCUACUAGCUCGCUUGCUCCUCCCUGUUGUCCGCAGGAGCAGAGCCAAAAAACCCGUCAGCUCGGCGGCAAGAACGGCCAUGAAGUACGUGCUGGUGACCGGAGGGGUGGUGAGCGGCCUCGGCAAGGGCGUGACGGCCAGCAGCAUCGGCGUCGUGCUCAAGGCCUGCGGCCUCCGCGUAACCACUAUCAAGAUCGACCCCUACCUCAACACUGAUGCUGGAACCAUGUCUCCAUUUGAGCAUGGCGAGGUCUUUGUUUUGGAUGAUGGUGGAGAGGUGGACCUGGACCUUGGAAAUUAUGAACGUUUUCUGGAUAUCAAAUUGACCCGUGACAACAAUAUAACCACAGGAAAAAUCUAUCAGGCUGUCAUUAACAAAGAAAGAAGAGGUGACUACCUAGGAAAAACCGUCCAGGUUGUGCCACAUAUUACAGAUGAAAUACAAGAUUGGAUUGAACGCGUUGCAAUGAAUCCAGUUGAUGGCAAAGAAGGACCACCUGAUGUUUGUGUCAUUGAACUUGGCGGCACUAUAGGGGACAAAAUCUUUUCGCCGCAUAAUGACAGUGGCAUUCUUGAUGCAGGGGAUAUUGAGUCAAUGCCUUUCAUUGAAGCAUUAGGUCAAUUUUCGUAUCGUGUUGGACCUGGAAACUUCUGUUUGGUUCAUGUCAGUCUUGUUCCUGUCCUAAAUGUAGUUGGUGAACAGAAAACAAAGCCUACACAACAUAGUGUUCGAGGGCUUAGAGGACUUGGGUUGGCACCAGAUGUUCUAGCAUGUCGCAGUACUGAGCCAUUGGAAGAGCAUGUGAAAGUCAAGCUCUCACAAUUUUGUCAUGUUCCGAUCUCAAAUAUUGUGAACCUUCAUGACGUGACAAACAUUUGGCACAUCCCUUUGUUGCUAAGGGACCAGAAGGCCCAUGAAGCCAUUCUGAAAGUUUUAGAGCUUCAGUAUGCUGGAAAGGUACCUAGGGAACCUAAGUUGGCGGAGUGGACAGAAAGGGCCACCAAAUUUGACAAACUGAAGACUCCGGUCAAUAUUGCCAUGGUUGGAAAAUAUACUGGGCUAUCAGAUUCGUACCUGUCUGUUCUAAAGGCUCUUUUGCAUGCAUCAGUUGCUAUGGAAAGAAAGCUUAUAGUCGACUGGGUUCCUUCAUGUGAUCUGGAAGAUUCUUCAGCUAGAGAGAAUCCUGAAGCCCACAAAAAAGCAUGGAAGCUGCUCAAGGUAAGCACACUUUACACCAAAUGUAUGCAUUUCUUGCAAGUACUUCUGUGUGGUCAUUUGACAGAAUUUCCACCACAGGGGGCAGAUGGUAUACUCGUCCCUGGAGGCUUUGGAGAUAGGGGAGUUCAGGGCAAAAUUCUUGCUGCAAAAUAUGCACGUGAAAACAAUGUUCCUUAUCUCGGCAUUUGCUUGGGAAUGCAAAUUGCAGUGAUUGAGUUUGCCCGUUCGGUCAUGAAAUUAUGUGGUGCUAAUAGCACAGAAUUUGACCCAGCUGCAACAUCACCCUGCGUCAUUUUCAUGCCAGAGGGCUCAAAAACCCAUAUGGGCGCGACAAUGAGACUUGGAUCAAGGAGAACAUAUUUCCAUGUCAAUGGCUGCAAAUCUGCAAGGCUGUAUGGGAAUGCCACCUCUGUAGAUGAAAGGCAUCGCCACAGAUACGAGCUGAACCCUGAUAUGGUCCCAGAUUUUGAGAGGGCCGGACUUCAAUUCGUGGGCAAGGAUGAAAGUGGAAGACGCAUGGAGAUCAUUGAACUGCCCUCUCACAAGUUCUUCAUCGGCGCACAAUUCCAUCCUGAAUUUAAGUCGAGACCAGGAAAGCCGUCUCCACUUUUCUUAGGUCUGAUAGCAGCGGCAUCUGGACAACUAGAACCUUUGCUCCAACGCAGCUGCAACAAUCUGCCAAAGACACAUGUGAAUAACGGUAAAGUCCAGAUACGGAAACUGUACCCAACUGUACCUGUGAAGAGUCCAUUAACCAGCUUGGUAAAUGGGUACUACCCAAAUGGCACCGGCAUUCACACCUAGAAGCAUAAACACUAAGCCAAGGCUUGAUUGAUAUUUGCUCCUACCGUUUUGCUUGUACCCCUUUUCAUCUUCCUUUUUGGUUUGUAUUUGUCUCUGAUCAACUGAGAAGGCUAAGAUUCGGCAAGCCCGGCCCGGCCCGGCCCCAGCUCCAGCGACACACGGUUCCGACAUUUUAACGAGGAACGUCCUCCGGUCCGUUGAAGCAGACUAGUAGCUGUAGGGUGGUGAGUUCUAGUGCGCGCGCGUGAUGUUUCCUUUUUGUUCGAGGCCUAUAAUUAAGGCUGGCAGUGUCUUGGUAGCAUUAGUAGAGCCUGGAAUCUCUCAACUAUUUGUACAAUGUACAUUAUGGAAGAACUUAUCUAAGGAUUGAAUACACAAAUGCUUGGCCA